UGAACGGACGGACAUCGCGGUGCAGUGGAGCUUUGUUAUAUCAAUGUCGAAUCGUACGGCAUAAAUUCCGCGCGCGUUUUCAGUGCCAAUAAGUAUUGUAUAAAGUCUCGCGGGGCGGCUUUCUUAUCACGCAACCCGUCGAAUUGCUCAAAAGCGGAAAAUGACUCGAGGUUAAUUCAAUAAUAUUUAAUUGUGUGUGAUAAAUCGGUGCGAAAAGUCGGGCAAAGCGCCUGUUUUUCAUGUCAGCACGAUCACGUUGCGAUAGAUUCGCCACAACUGUCCGCUCGCUCAGCGACUCCACGUGCCAACGCAUUGAUCGCCGUGCCGCGUCGCGAGGAUGACCCAUGGACCAGCAGCCCCACGCAGGGACGCCACGGACGGUGGCGAGGAGGAGGCGCAGCUGCCGGCGCCUCCGGACGGCGGCUGGGGAUGGAUGGUGGCCUUUGCCUCUUUCGCCAUUCACAUCGUCACUGAUGGCAUGACCUACUCCUUCGGCAUGUUCUAUGUGGAAUUCCUGACGUACUUUGGGGAAGACAAGAGCUACACGGCAUGGAUUGUGUCCAUUUUGGUUGGAGUCACCCUAUGUUCAGGUCCAAUCUCAUCGUCCUUUGUUAAUCGAUACGGAUGCCGGGCUGUCACAAUUGCGGGCUCUCUCUUGGCUGGCAUCUCCCUAAUUGCCAGUGUGUUCGCACAGAAUGUCCUCACGCUCAUCAUCACUGUUGGGCUGGGCUGUGGCAUGGGCUUCGGGCUGAUCUACCUGCCGGCAAUCGUCAGCGUGACGAUGUAUUUCGAGAAGUAUCGCUCUCUGGCCACGGGCAUUGCCGUAUGUGGCUCUGGACUGGGCACCUUCAUAUUCGCCCCACUCACGGAGUCCCUGAUCGGGAACUACGGGUGGCGAGGAGCGAUGCUGAUCAUCUCCGGCAUUGUUCUCAACUGCAUGAUCUUUGGCGCGAUGUUCAGGCCUCUCGAGGCGCCGAAGAAGAAGAAGCGGAAGAGCACAGAUGAGGAGACGCCGCUCAAGAAUCUGGCCUCGAGCAGCAAACAGGGUGGAUCUACUUCCAGCAACAGACUGAGACUUGUGUCAGACAAUAGACUGCCUCUGCCCGAGGACAAUGAGUCUCCUAUCCAGCGAUCAGUGAGCAUCGGCCAGGAGAUCACACAGGACACCGUGACACGGCGAGAUCCCAAUGGGAAUGUGGAGAACGGGAUCAGACAGACUUCCAGUCAACCCUUACUAACGUCUUCUGCAGCUGAUGCUUCCCUCAGGGCCAGCAAUCGCUCCAUCGGCAGUGGAACGAUGUACCGGCCAGACAUCCUCUAUCAGGGCUCCUUGCUGAAUAUCCCGCAAUACCGCUCGCGCGGCGAAUUGACGAUCACCGAGUCCGAUCGAUAUGGUUCUCUCAGGCGAGAGGCAACGCCAGCCGCCCAGGAAACUCCUGAGGAGUUCACUCUGUGCGGAUGCGUGCCGUGCUCCAAGGAAACGAGAGACACAUUCCGCGAAAUGCUCAACUUCUCCAUCAUGCGCGAUGCCGUAUUUAUCCUCUUCGUCGUGUCUAACUUCUGCACUAGCAUCGGUUUCUACGUGCCGUACGUCUUCCUGGCGCCGCAAGGAGAGGAGCAGGGCCUAACCAAGGAGGAGACUAGCUAUCUGCUGGCCAUCAUCGGUGUGGCCAACACGGUAGGGAGGAUCAUCCUGGGCUAUUUCUCUGACAAACCGUGGGUGAAUCGACUGUUGGUCUACAAUCUGUGUCUUACUAUUUGCGGAGUCGCAACUGCCUUAUCAAUCUUCUGUCUGGACUUCUUUUGGCUGAGCGUUUACUCGGUAGUGUUUGGAUUCACAAUUGGUGCCUACGUGGGAUUAACAUCCGUGAUUCUGGUUGACUUACUCGGCCUCACAAAGUUGACUAACGCAUUUGGACUUUUGCUGCUCUUCCAAGGCAUUGCAUCACUCGUGGGACCUCCACUUGCUGGUUGGCUGUAUGACGUUACCCAAACAUACACUCCAGCAUUUCUCAUGGCGGGAGUAACGAUUGCUGUCAGCGGGCUCAUUCUGUUUGGCAUUCCACCACUUCAGCGGUACCUCAGGAAGAGGCGCUCAUCGUGCUUCAACAGUGGCACACUGUAGGGAAGACUUCUCCA